CACGUUUACGUAUAAAUUGUAAUCCACUCUCGGGCUCUCUGUGCUUUGAUCAUAGAAUAUCGGGGUUCCUUGAUUCUCACAUCAGUAUCUUUCAGGGCUUAAUUAUAAAGAAUAAUAUCAUAUGAUCAUUCCCAAUAUACCGUCAGAGCACCUGUAUCGCAUCAUGGCCCCACACGCAGAACCCUACACACCAUCUUUCACCACUCUCAAAAGCGAAGCAGACGUAGAUCGAGUCAAGACUCCCCUCGAAACAAUCGACGCCACUUUAGCCUUCAAAACCCCCAACCACAUAUUUUGGUGGGCAAGAACCGGACCACAGCUGGCAACACUUCUCCAUCACGCAGGCUACACUCCAUCAGAUCAAUACACCGAACUCCUCUUCUACGCUCUUCACAUCAUUCCCUCACUCGGACCUGCUCCUGCUAUCGAUGGAACACUCCAGUGGAAGAGCCCUCAAACACCCGAUGGCACGCCAUUGGAUCUAAGCUGGGAGUGGGGUCUGGAUGGGAAGGGUGUGAUCCGAACUUCCUUCGAGCCCAUCGGUCCUCUUGCUGGAACUGCCGCAGAUCCCUCCAAUAGCUACGAAACAGAUCGUUGGAUUCGACACCUGGAAUCGCAGGGCCUGGUCAAAGGUUUGGAUCUUGAAUGGUAUGGAUACUUCGCUUCGAGCGUGUUGCCUGAUGCGGCAGAAGCGCAGAUCCAAAGGACGAACAAGUUGGACUUCGAACUUGCACCUGACGCGGGAACAUUUGUGACGCGCGAUGUGGACUUAACCAAAGGUCCGAUUGUGAAGAUGUAUAUGUUCCCUGGGUUGCGGGCGCAGCAAGUCGGCGGAAGAACGUCAAACCUCGACGUCGUGGAGAGAGCUAUAAGAGGCUUGCCGAAAGAGCAGUUCGACGCCUUAGCUCCUGACCCUUUACUUGAUUUCUUGGAUGAAGCGACACAGAAGUGGAAUAUGGAGGUCGGAAUUUUCUCGUUCGAUUUGCUCAAACCGGAGAGCUCGCGCAUCAAGCUCUAUACGCGUGCGCCGCACACCUCUAUCGAGUAUCUCAUGGAUGCGCUUACUUUGGGCGGAAGACAGAGCAUAUCCAUGUAUAGUGAAGAAGCAUUCGCUGAUCUCAAGGACUUCUGGAAGAUAUUCAUUGGAGAGGCACCAGCGGUGUUGCCGAGCGGGGGUAAAGAACGCGCGGGCCCUGGAUUCUAUUUUACCAUCAAAGCGGGGAAGCCUGCAACGCCUAAGGUAUACAUAUCACCAGCCUCAUUCUGCGAGAGUGAUGCCGAGGUGUUGAAAAGAUUGUGGAGGUUCUUUGAGACGCGGAGGAAGCCGGGGAAGAUGCUGGAACAGAUGGAGAAGUAUGAGAAAGCGCUCGAGGAGAUGUACGGAUCACAGUUCUUACGGGACCAAUGCGACGUCCAUUUCUAUAUCGGCUGUGCGCUCGAGGUAGACCAGUUGCGUGUGGUGACAUACAUGUGUCCACAAAUAUUGUCUCGCGAGGAUUUGGGGCGUAACGGGCAGUCCAAGUAA